AUGUGUGAUGUGGUAAUUUUGUGUAGAGUCAGUGAUGGGAUGACCUUAGUUGAAACGAACAGCGAAUCAAAAAACAUCGCACACAAAAUUGAGUUAAAAAAGUUAUGUAAGAGACUGGAAUCCUUUCCAAAUUUGUCUACCGUGACAUCAAAUCAGUUCAACUAUCACUUUCUUAUAGAAAAUGGAAUAGCAUAUAUAGCAGUUUUCCCUGUCACUUAUCCGAAGAAAUUAGCUUUUUUGUUUUUAGGCGACAUUUGCAAACAGUUUAAUGAAGAACUGAUGAUACAAUAUGGAACCCAUUCGAUUGAUUAUAGAUCCAUUAUCGAAACAAUUGAGAAACCUUACUCCUUCAUAAAAUUCGAUAGAAAAAUUUCAAAGAUAAAACAAGAGUAUAAAGAUCCGAGAUCUAAUAUUGCCAUAAAAAAAUUAAAUGAAAGUUUGAAUGAAGUUAGCAGCAUAAUGAAAAAGAACAUAGACGAUAUUCUCUUACGGGGAGAGAACCUGGAAGACGUCGGAAGGAAAGCCUUCAAUUUGAAGUAUGAAUCAGAAAAGUUUAAAAAAGUGUCAAGAGUUCUAAGUCUGAGAUAUACCUUGUACCAAUACGGAAUCCUAGUCUUUGUAAUCUUUUUCUUUUUUUUAAUAAUAAUAUUCAAAAAUUAUUUUUAA